AUGCUUUACAUCGAUAUGCCAGUACAGACUGGUUAUUCGUACACGGAAAUUCAGAACGGCACAUUCAACACGAUCACAAAGGAGUUCACGCCGUUGGAAUCCACGGCGGACCAGACCGUGGAAUCAAAUCAGACGACUUUCCUCGCCACGAUGUCUAGCCAAUCCCAGAGCCGAACUGCAAAUACAACUGUCCAGGUGGCGAAGCAAAUGUGGCAGAUCGCCCAAGUGUGGUUUCAAGAGUUUCCCGAACGAUCAACCACGAACCCGGAGAUAAACCUAUGGUCAAUUUCGUACUCAGGCUUCUUCGGACCCGCAACUAUCGCUUACUUCCAACGACAGAACGCGCUCAUCGCCAACGGCAACGCAACCAACGAGAAAGACAAAGCGUUGCAGCUUGGGACGCUAGGAAUCAUCAACGGGUGUAUUGACUCGGAAAGCCAGGUCUCAUUCUGGCCCACGUUCGCCAUGAACAACACCUACGGCAUCAAGACCAUCCCAGAAGAGGCUUACAGCAUGGCCGUGGGUAACUUGUCGACGGCCUAUGGCCUCAUGGACCAAUGUCGAUCUGCUGUUUCCGCGCUUGAUCCUGAAGGCACCGGCGCCGUGGAUGAGGUCAACCAGGCAUGUGCUGCUGCACUACAGCUGGGAUUCGGCUUUAUCCAAGGGGUCUACACAGAGCUCUCAAAUAGGAGCGCGUUCGACAUCACCCUUCCUUCACCAGCCGCGUUCCCACCGGCCUACAGCCUCGCGUACUUUAAUCAACGAUGGGUCCAGGAAGCUCUCGGCGUCCCUGUCAACUUUACUCUCAGCGCAAAUUCUGUGGUCAGCAACUUCUUUGGUGGGACUGGCGAUCCGGUGAUAGUCACCAAGCGGGAGCUAGAGGCUGUGCUGGACUCAGGAGUCGGUGUUGCCAUGGUCUACGGAGAUCUCGACUACCGCUGCAACUGGAUGGGCGCAGAGAACGUCUCGCUCUCAGCUUCAUACCCAGAUGCAUCCUCCUUCCGGAACGCCGGGUACGCGCCCAUCACGACCAACUCAAGCUACCAAGGCGGCCUCGUCCGGCAGUUCAAGAACUUCUCCUUCUCGCGCGUCUUCGAGGCCGGUCACGUAGCCGGUGCCUACCAGCCCGAAACGAUCCUCCGCAUCUUCGAGCGGGCGAUCACCGGCAAGGACGUCGCGACCGGCGAGGCAGACGCCGGCGCGUCUUCGAGUUACGCCUCCCAGGGCCCAGCCAGCACCUUGAACGUGACGAACGAGAUUCUUGAUCCCAUCAUUGAACCAAUCUGCUUCUGGUAUGAUGCGUUUGAGACCUGUGAUGAGGCGCAGCAGGCUGCUCUGGGGGCGAACGCCGCUAUCAUUGAGGAUUUUGUUGUGGUCAGCCCGGCGGGGACCUUCUCGAGCACGUAUGGGAAUCCUACCGCCACAGCUCCUGCGCCUCAGGCGACUGUGUCGAAGUCUGCGGCUGUAAGGCGAUACAAGAUCAUGUUCUAG